CAAAGAGAUAGCAAAGAGAGAGAAAGUAAAAACACAUGCUUUCACGCUAGUAUAAUCAUAGCUUUUCCCAAACAAUACAAAAGCACUACGAAAGUUGAUUGUUUUUUGUAUUUUGGUGGUGAAAUAUCACACUCACUAUUAAGCUUUAUAGGGGAGAAAAAUAGUGAGAAGUUGAAGUAAGGAAAAAUGGAGGAAAUGGAGAAGAAGAAUAUUACUAGUAUGAAGGAAGAUGAAGAAGAAGAAGAAAUUGACAAUAGUUUUGUACCUGUUUAUCACUCUUUUUCUUCUAAAAAUGACAAUUAUCAGGUUGCUUCUGGUAGUGGUGGUGAUUAUUUGUCGAUUUUAGCAUCCAAAGAUGGUGAUUUUCUUCUUUCCCCAACUGAAGCUCAGGUGAAAGUUUCGGAACUUGAGGGCAAAAUUGUUGGCCUUUACUUUUCAGCUAACUGGUAUUCACCAUGUACGAAGUUCACAGACCUGCUAGUCAAUGUGUACCAGCAACUUAAAGAAUGCAGCAAUAUUAACCUCGGUUUUGAAAUCGUGUUUGUUUCGUCUGAUGAAGACUUAAAUGCCUUCAAUACUUAUAGGUCAUCAAUGCCUUGGCUUGCAAUUCCAUACUCUGAUUUGGAAACAAGGAGAGGCCUUACCCAAAAAUUCGAUGUAGAAGGUAUCCCUUGUUUGGUAAUUCUACAACCUAACGAUAACAAAAUAGAUGCUGCAGUUAUUAAAGACGGAGUUGAACUCGUGUAUCGAUAUGGAGUGGAAGCUUUUCCGUUUACCAAAGAAAGGUUGGAGGAGUUACGAGAGAAGGAGAAGGAGAAAUAUGACAACCAGACCUUGAGCAAUUUGCUAACACAUGAUGCCAGAGAUUAUCUUUUAGGGCAUCCUAGUCAUAAACAGGUGCCUGUUGCUUCUUUGAUGGGGAAAACAGUUGGACUUUACUUCUCAGCACAAUGGUGCAUUCCGGCCAAAAAAUUUACACCAAGGUUAAUUUCAGUCUACAAAAAGAUCAAGCAGCAAUUAGAGGGAAAAGAGGAUGAAGAUUUUGAGAUAGUGUUUGUAUCAAGUGACCGUGAUCAAGUAGAAUUCGCUACGUAUUUUGAGGCCAUGCCCUGGCUAGCAAUCCCAUUUGGUGAUCCAAAAAUCAAGGCCCUAGCAAAGUAUUUUGAUAUCCGAGGGAUUCCGAGCCUAGUGGUAUUGGGCCCUGACGGUAAAACGGUAACCAAACAAGGUAGGAGCCUCAUCAACUUGUAUAAAGAGAAUGCUUACCCGUUCACUAAGACCAGAGUAGGAAUAUUAGAGAAGCAAAUGGAUGAAUUAGCAAAAGGGCUUCCUAAGACAGAAUUUCAUUCGGGUCAUCGACAUGAACUCACUUUAGUACCAGAAGGCCAUGGAGGCGGAGCUUUUAUUUGUUGUGAUUGUGAUGAACAGGGCUAUGGAUGGGCCUACCAAUGCCUCGAGUGUGGUUAUGAGGUACACCCCAAGUGUGUGAAGCCUGUGGACCGCGGCCCAGACAACUAAGUUAUUGGACCGAUCUUAGUAUUAUUACGUGUUUUGUAGGCACCAGAUAAAUAGGUAAAGUAUACAAUAUGUAUAAUUGGGUAUAAAGUGUGUCUUACUGACAGGUUAUUGUGAAUUUUUAAAUGGGCCUCUAUAUAUGGUUCUCACGACUUGUAGUUGUUGGAUUGAGCAGUCAUCAGAUAUGAGCUUUGGAAAAAAUCACAAAUGUACAUAAAAUGUUCUUAUUGUUAUAAACAGCUUGUAGAUAUUGUCCGCUU